AGAUCAACAGCUUGACAGACCUUCUGGCCAAAGAUGCGACCUCGACUGACCCUGGACGGGUUAUCAACGUCUCCUCUGUCGCAAGUAUCAGCGUAUCUGCCGCUGACAGUCGACUGGCCGGCGAAGGACACGGGCUCUGGAGCUGUGAGUUUAGUUUGGAGAGUGAGAAGGGCCGGUUGUCGCUGACGAUCCGGAUUCCACAGACCAUACUUCUAAAGCGGCAGUGA